UGUGGUGCAUAACCUCCUCCACUCAACCAGAUGAAUUCUACCACUCACCCUAGUCACAGUCCACUGCCGCCACCUCCAUCGCCUGCGCCGGAACGGGAGCGCUAACCCUAUCCAUCGCCACCACCGCGAUCCUUCUUCUAACCUCGCGACUCUGUCUGACUCGAUAUCGCUCUCUGUCUCUCUCGCUCGCCGUGGUCGUAAUUCCAGCGUGCAUUGUUAGGUUUGCCGACUUCGAGUUCAAGUUCCCAGUUCUGUGCCGCACUCUUCUCUAUCUUUCCUCCUCCACUCAGUAGGCCAAAAACUAGUGCUACGACAAUUUCUUCUGCGAGAGUUUACCCUACAGUGUUGGAGAUGCUUUAACUCUCUCUGUCUCUCUCAUUUCAACUUCUCUGUGAAGAGCAGGAUCCAAAAGCCCAUAAAACACUCACACUUGAUGGAUCCAAAGUUAUUGAGCAACCAGAGGCACACGAGGAACACCACCAACACCAUCUGUUCCUCUUUUGUCAAUGCGGUGUGUUUGCAUGAUUGGUGGCUAAUUAAGCUUGACAUGGACUCCAAUGGAAGAACAUUAGGUGUUGGAGGACUUGCAUUUAGAGAGAGACAAACGAUAAGAGCUUUUUACUCUGUAGCUAUUGCCAAGAGGCAUGAUACAGUCACUCUUGAGACUGCAGAUGGCAUCACAAUUACAAUUACUAGCUUCAUAAAUAGGUCUAUCACACUUGAAAAUGGCUUUCCAGCUGAGGUUUGCAAUCAUUUCCUUUUUGGAUUUCCAUGUUACUGGGAAGAGUAUGCUGGUCGAUGUUUCGUUGAAGAAUCUAUCAACAGAUCGAUUCCAUCCAGGAUUUCUAGCUUUGAUGGAUUCGACAUGUCUUCAGAUGAUGGUACAGACUCCCUACCAAUUUCCUUGAGUGAUCUUCCAGUGACACGUGUACGUGAUCUCUUAAUGUCCAGUGUUGGAGAUUCUGGCAAUUGUGUGCUAGCAAAGAGUCUUUUGAAUGAUAUCCUGCGAAAAUAUGGAAGUAAUGAUUUUAAACAUGACGGGCCAGCAGUUCAAUCGAACAUGCAAAGUAAUUGUCCAGGGAUGACUAUGGAUUCUGUUCUGGGUGGAACUCCUUGUAAUUCUAACAGAACAAUGGGUAAGCAGAAGAGAGAAGACAAUAAUGGCAGUAAUCCAUUAAUGACUGGGGAUUCUGUGUGUGAUGGAACUCCAAAAAAUCAAAACAAAACUGAGGUUGAUCCGAAGGUCAAAGAAGAUGAUAAGGGAAUAGAAGAAUCUGAGAAUGUAAUUCCUGAUUGUGAAAUGGGUUUGGAUGUCAAUAGCAGUAGAAGGGUUACCACAAGAAGCAUGGCUAGAUUGAAUAAUUCAAGUAACAAGCGGAAAAGGAAUCUUUCACUGAAUACUCGUGUUACUUGUAGACUUACUGAACCGUUUUCUGCAUCAGAGACCUCUGGGGACCAAUGUGGACAGGUGGUAAAUAGAGGAAAUGCUUCAAGAGAGAGUUGUCCUACCAUAUUAUUGUCUGAUGCAGAAAUAGAAGCUAAAGAAACUCCUGAUAAUUCUACUUCCAGAAGACCUAGCAGUCUAAAAAGCUCAAGUGAUCUAUUUUCUACAACAGAGGCCUCUAAGAAUCAAUGUGGAGUGAUACCUAGAAGAAAUGGUUCAAAUUUAACUAGAAACGAGAUGGAACUUAAGCAAAUCACUGAUAAAUCUGCAGUCAGAAGAUCAAAUAGACUGAGAAACAUAAACAAAUGAUUGGAAAGGACUGAAAUUAGAAGGAAGCGGGAUUGGUUUGAUGGAACUUGUUCGUGGAAACAAGGAUUUUGAUUUCUUUAAUUGCAAGGGUUUCGAUAAACUAGGCUCAUGUUCACUCAUUAUUGCUUGUUUAGUGUUGAUGGGAAGUUUGCUUUCAUAUUUUUCAGUUUUUAAGAAUAGCAAAACUUAUCUUGUUGGCUAAAACAAAACGGUUUACUUCUUACCCUAGUUCAUAAGGGUGCCCAAUCUGGAUUUGGAGAGAGAGUUGUAACUUGUAAGGGCGCCCUAAUUCCUAAGGGCACCUAAUCUGUGCAGGUCAGUGAUAACGUAAGUCACAUGCAACAGAGUAACUCAUAUCCCUAGCUGUUAAACAUUUGUGAUUCUACAACUUGAAGGCUAGAGUUGUAUUUUCUCUGCUAAGAAUAGAAAUCACUGAAGUGCUGUAAAAGCUGGUCCCUUCUGUAUCUUCUUAUUGCUCUAUUGUUACAGGGUAUAUCAUUUUAGAACCUUUUCAAAGUGUGAUUGUCAAAAUAUGUUUAAACCCAAGUUUUGUGGAAGGUUGAGGCAUUACAAGUUUCAUAUAUUAGUCAAAGGCUCUUUUUUGUAAUUAUGAUUUUUUCAACUAGGCAAUGAUCUUCAUUUGAUU